AUGGAGACCAGAAGUUUCUUCUUUUACUCUCUGGAUGACCUCCUGAAAGUACGUACUUCAGUUUUUGUCAUAAAUUAAAAAAUAAAAAAUAAUUAAAAAAUGAGAAAUGAUUUCAGUUUUUCUUGGUUUUCUGGUGAUAACAGUUACACCCCUUUACUGUGGUUGUCUUUAUCCACUCUCUAGGUGCGAAGUAUAAAGUCUGAGUCUCCUGCAAACAGAGUCUUAAAGAUGAGGGACAUGCGGGUCUUUCUAGACAUGCUGAAGGGAAUGCUUCAGCUUGAUGCAGCACAGAGACAUACACCCGGUCAGGUGCUGGAGCAUUCCUUUAUCAGCAUCAACCGAAUCACCAGCAUGUUUCCCUACAGGUCUUAGUAAGUCGAGACUAAACUUCUUAAACACUUUAAGCUUUUAGUACUUUUUCUUGCGAGUGUUUGCAGGAAAUACUUCACUCCUCCAGCGCAGGUUUAUAUAACAGAUGAUUUGUGUCAGUAUUGGUCAUGUUUUCUGUAAGUCACAUGACCAGUGAAGAUGUCUGACUGAUGAUUUGUUGUCUUGCAGUGUCUUUCGUCUUUGGAGACCAUGGCUGCCUUCAGAAACAGCAAUCCAGGCUCCAACAGUGUGAAUGCCGGAGGGUCUUCACAGACUUCUCCCCCCAGCAAACCUCAACCCUCCCAGAAGAACCGUCCUGCUUCACCUGCUUGUAGCAGCGGCAGCUUUGACCAGUCACAGUCCACCAUCAACCCUUAA